CUCCAUCCAGUUCUCUUUAGUGUUUGCCAAUGUUGGAGGUGUAACUGGGGUCUGGCCCUGGACAAAGGAAUAGAGCAUGGCUCAAGUGAAAGUACAGACCGCAGCACCCCUGACUGGUCCUGGCCUCACCCCUGGAGUUCCCCCAGCGGCCAUGGCCAGCUCAGGAUCCCUCGGUCUGCAGUCCACCAUCAACGGCACAGGCCCGGCCCCCGCACCCGYCUGCCCCGCUCCUGCAGUCGGAUAUGGGGACGCCCCUGUGUCUGCCUCGCCGCCAGGCUCGCCCGAGGAGAACAUGGCAAACCCUAAAGAGAAAACUCCAAUGUGCUUGGUGAAUGAGUUAGCCCGUUUCAACCGGAUCCAGCCACAAUACAAGCUCCUCAAAGAGAGAGGUCCUGCACACGCUAAGGUCUUCACGGUGCAGCUGACUCUUGGGGAGCAGGUGUGGGAGGCAGAGGGGACCAGCAUCAAAAAGGCCCAACACUCCACUGCUGCCAAGGCUCUGGCUGAGAGCGUCCUUCCCAGGCCGGCACCCCGCUCCCCUAAAGCAGACAUCAACAGCAACCCAGGCAGUAUAACCCCCACAGUGGAGCUGAAUGGUYUGGCCAUGAAGCGAGGGGAACCAGCGAUAUACAGGCCUCUGGAUCCCAAACCCUUGCCCAACUACAGAGCUAAUUAUAACUUCAGAGGGAUGAUCAACCAAAGGUACCAUUAUCCUGUUCCUAAGAUCUUCUACGUGCAGCUCUCGGUGGGGAGUCGAGAGUUUAUCGGGGACGGGCGAACUCGGCAAGCAGCAAGACACAGCGCUGCCAUGCAAGCCCUACAAGCCCUGCGCAAUGAACCCAUCCCUGAACGGCCRCCACAGAGCCCAGAGGACAAAGGGGAGACUCAGGAGGGAUCUGACGCGAGCAAAUCUGAGAUCAGCCUGGUUUAUGAAAUCGCUCUCAAGAGGAACUUAUCAGUUAAUUUUGAGGUAUUGAAGGAGAGUGGCCCCCCGCACAUGAAAAGCUUCCUGACCCGCGUCACUGUUGGAGAGUUUUCUGCCGAGGGCGAAGGAAACAGUAAGAAGCUGUCCAAGAAGCGUGCUGCUCUGUCAAUCCUGCAGGACCUGAAGAAGCUGCCCUUCAUGCCCACUAUAGAAAAGCCCAAGACCCACUACAAGAAACGCACCAAGACUAUCCUCAAGACGGCGCCGGACUAUGGUCAAGGCAUGAAUCCCAUCAGCCGUCUGGCCCAGAUCCAGCAGGCCAAGAAGGAGAAGGAGCCCGAGUAUCAGCUGCUUUCUGAGAGAGGAAUGCCCCGACGUCGGGAGUUCGUCAUGCAGGUGAAGGUGAAUAACGAGGUUGCCACCGGAACGGGACCCAACAAGAAGGUGGCCAAGCGAAACGCCGCCGAGGCCAUGCUGCUUCAGCUGGGAUACAAGGCCUCCACAGUCCCUCAGACCCCCUCAGAGAUAGACAACAAAGGCUGGAAUGGACAAAAGGUGCCUUUUACCGAAGCAACAAGUAACACCCCGAAGGGUCUCCUCCAUCUCAGCCCGGACGUCUAUCAGGAAAUGGAAGCCAGUAGAAAGCAAAGUGGCAGUUCACCGGGCUCUGGUGGCAGCAGUGGAGGAUCCAUCAGCUACAUGACAUCCAAAGACAUAGGGCCCUGCUCGGCCCCAGCACCCGCAGGACACACUCCGUAUUACAGUGGCUCACCUUCGUCACCCAGCCCCACUGCUACCAUGGCCAGAGAGCUGCUGCUUAACGGUCAGUCACCUCAGUCCCCCGCAGCCGACGCAUCACUGCCCAUAAAGGGAAAGAACGUGGGAGUCUCAGUGCAGCCUGCGCAGCAGCUGGAUUACCUGGCUCACAUCCAGGGCUUCCAGGUGCAGUACAGUGAUGCACAGAAUGGGAAGGAGUUUGUGACUUACUUGACCUUAUCCCCAGUGCAAAUGACUUUCCACGGCACCGGGAGCACCCUCCAAGCCAGCCAUGACCAGGCUGCUCUAAGUGCCUUGAAACAGCUGUCGGAGCAGGGACUGGACCCAGUAGAUGGCCCCAUCAAGGUACGACCACUGAACCAUGUGGAAGGGAGGACGGACAUUAAACAGACUAACUCAGGCACCACCACUCAGGUCUGCAAGGAUUCAACGGCUGUCGUCAAGGAGCUGACAAACCCAGACCCCCUUCAAUGAAACUGACCCGAUUCCUUCAUACCCUACAAUCCAAGUUAUCCCAAACUAGCCAAAACCUACCUAACCCCAACCCUAGUGCUGGGCGGUAUAACGGUUCGUACCGAAUACCGUUUUUUAUUUUUGCUACGAUACGAAUUUUCUGAAUACCGACAUACCGGUUUAAAUAGCCUGAACAC